CAAAGUAUGGUUGGAAUGCUAAUGAAAGAAAUUGGGAAAGAGAAGUGGACGUUGUCGAGAAGAUUCUUGGCACAAUGGCAGAAAAAGGAGAAAACUUAUACGAUAAAUUUGGAUUUGCGGCUCAUUCCGUAUUGAUGGAUAGUGAUGGAAUAAUCGUAGCAUUAAAAAGCCUUGAUAAUUAG